GAUGCGUGCACACACGCACACAGACAGGCAACUGCAGCUCUGGCCUCCAGCCCUCCGGAGCCCACACCCCACCUUCACACCUUCAGGAGGAGUUUCUUGAGGGGCCCACUCCCCAGGCUGUGGCUGGACCAGGACCCGCAUGGAGAGGACCCCCGAGUCCCUGGACAGGCUCCCUCCGGGGGUGAGUCCUGGGCGCUCAGAGCCCGGGCAGCAGGACCUCCCAGAGGCAGGAGCCGAGCAGGAACUCAGGUGGAUAGAGCUGGGCUCAGAGGAGGCCCUGGGAACAGGGGCAGAGGGGCCCGGUGUCCCGCAGGCCCGGGGGCGCCUGCUGCAGGCCGCGUGGAGGGGUCACUUAGCCGGGCCAGAUGAGGUGGGGCCAGGCAAAUGGCAGGGCGGCCCCUGCCUUCUCCUCCCCUCCUCUUCCAGGAUAUGGAGACACUGCUUGACCACGGGGCGGACCCCAGCCUCAGGGACAGGCACGGACGCUCUGCGCUCCACAGGGCUGCCGCUGGCGGACACCUGCCUGCUGUCCAGCUGCUGGCAGCCCGGGGAGCGGAGGUGGAUGCUCGAGACUCACUGGGCCUCACACCCCUGCACCACGCUGCCCGGAGCGGCCAUGUGGAAGUCGCCAGCCAUCUCCUGGACAGGGGCGCACAGGUCGACGCUGCUGGCUGGCUCCACUCUACACCCCUGCACCUCGCUGUGGAACGUGGCCACAGCCCCGCCGCCGAGCUUCUGCUGAGCCGAGGGGCCAGCCCUGCCCUGAGAAUGCAGUGGGGUGAGGUGACCCAGGACCAAGUGGCCGAGGAGGGCCUGUCCCAGGCACAACCUCCCCUUUGCAGAGAGCAGAAUGACUGCUAGGGUCCGGCUCGUGUGGCUCAGUGGUUCAGCAUCGACCUAUGAACCGGGAGGACACGGUUCGAUUCCUGGUCAGG